AUUCAUAAAGUAGGGAUACUAGUAUUUAUUUGUAGUUUUGCCGGUAUCCGUCGCUGUCAAUAAUUUAUAUAAAUUAAAUAGCUUUACGCGGUACUAAUGCGUUGCUAAUAAAUUACUCGGCUGCCGCUUUUCUAUCUACUUUUUUAAACAUGAACGCGACACCGUUGUACUUUCGCAAGUUGUUUUCCGGUGCACGCAAAGUAAACUUCGGGAAUACGGUGCUGGUGCAGCGCGACAACGGAGAAUGGUGGUUGGGAUAUGUACAGAACGUUUACGCCAACCGUUUCUUCGUGGAUUUCGAUGCCAGUACCAUCAACGCCCAGUGGAUCCACACUAAACAUCUCUGGCCACAUCGUUUUAUCUCUAGUCGGAGCAACCAUAAGCAUUUAUUUGGAGGCGAACCUAUCCAGGUGGCCCUCCGGAAUUCACCAGGUGAACCACUGAUUUUCCGUUCGGGCAAGGUAACUGAUUGGGAGAACGACAUGUUCUUUUUUGUGAACGUGGAUAAUCAUAAUCCUGACCGGAAAAAUCCACAGUCGACGGCAAGCCACAUCGUACAUCGCAAUUAUUUUGUUAAAACUCUUCCAGUACCUGGUGAUGGUGAAAGUUUCUAUGGGCGAACUACCGGAUUCUUGUACAAAAAACAUGUGCUUAAGUUUCCUGAAGCGCAUCUGUUGCCGGAAGUGAAGUUUCUGCCGGCGUUUCUUGGCCAAGUUAGCCAAUUCGCGAUUAAUCAGAGCCGUGAUCCGUGUGAUAACUGUGGCUUCGGAAGAAUCGUUUUGACGGAUAUCACCACUUUCGUCUGCGAAGGUACACACUGGGAGUACUAUUGCAUGUCCUAUCCCAUCGAGUUGGGUUGUCGGGUAUUUGUGCAAGUGGUAUUCGACACAAUCACGUUUAUCUGUGCUGAAAUGCACAGUGACGCAGAUGGUCGCAGCAUGUACUGGAACGAAGAAUUCUUGAGAAAAGCUUGCAAAGAUUAUCUUAUUGAGAAGCAAAGGCGUGGCUCUGCUAACGCGGACACGACACCGCGCAACACUUCGCAUCACGAUGUGGAAGAGAUGUCCAUCAACGACCUGCCGCAUCCGAUUGUUUUAUCGAUCUUGCUUCAUCUGGAUGUUGAUUCCCUGUUGCAAGCAAGCCGAGUAAGCGAACUAUGGAGACUGCUUACCCGGAAAAUCCGUGACACCGGCCCAAUCGUCUUCGAUAUGUGCAGGACAUGCGCCAUGCGACCACAUGACGAUGAGGCGUACGCAGCGUACACUCGUUAUAUUACUUACCAGAUGGUGACCACGCUGGACGGCAUUCUUUCGGGACGCACUCGUACGCUCGUGCUAACGGCUGACGGGAAUCAUGCUCACGCUGCGGAUGAUGUUCAUGCACAAAUACGGAUGAUCAAGUCGAUACUGCAAAAUAAGGGCCUUCGUCUGCCUGUAAUGAUAGUGAAGAACGGUUUAAACUGCGAUCAGGCGUCUUUCCUGACCUUUAAACACAAUACCAGCAGCGACUCCUUCGAGUGCGUCGCGCUAACGGAGCUCAUGUCCGUCUGCGAGGAGCUUUUGCUGGUCAAUUACAACGCAGCGGACGCCAUCACUUUAUCAGCUCAGGAAGUACUGUUUUUGGACAGGGCAGCGCCGCCAUACAUUUACGAGACGGCAUUUCUGCGCUACGAUAUUUAUGACGCUCGGUGUGAUGUUUUCAUUCCGCUGCUGCGCUUCCGCUGCCCAGAAACGACGGCGGAACAACGCCGAAUAUUUCUGGCUACGGCCAACAACAACUGUCCGCCUGUUAGCUUGAGGGUUUUGGAAAAGGCUAAAGCGAUCCAUGCGCGUUGGGUGCGGACAUUAGCCUAUCCGGAUCAAUGGGUUCAACAGCUUGUCCCUGAAUAACCCCACGCAACGUUGGGACAUGAGGGAUCUCCGACAGCUGGAUAUUGCCGCGCUAACCAAUAUCACUUUUAC